AUGCUCCGCUGGGUCUACCCCGUUCGAAUCGUCCAAACCCUGCUCGCUCUAGCAGUAGUCGGGCUCACAGCAUACGUAAUCGCCUCUCUCCACGACUCAUGGUCCUUCUCCAAAACAGUGGACUACAUGCUCUUCGCCGGCUGCUGGACCGGCUUCGUCGCAGUCCCCUACCUCGAAGCCGCGCCGCUAUUUUUCCCGCGCGUGUCGCACGAACUCGUGAUUCCCUUCGUUGAGAUCGUCACCUCCAUGAUCUGGUUCGCCGGAUUUAUCGCGCUGGGCGUAUUGAUUCCCUCGCCGAGCGAGUGUGUGUUUGAGACUUGUCAUGCGCUGCAGGCUGUUGUUGUUCUUUCUUCGGUUCAGUGGGCCCUCUUCGCUGUGACGAAUGUCUAUGCUGUUCUCGAUCUCGUGAACUCGCGACGCAAGAAUACUCACCAGAAUACCGCUGAUGCUGAGGCGCCACCUGUCUCCGAGGUGAAUGCUGAGCAGCCUGUUGCUUAG